GUGAAUGUUAUCUAUAUAGUCAAAUCAGCGUCCUAUAUGUUGUUUAUUUUUAAAUAAAUUAGUUUUAAAAUAUUUAUAUAUUUGUCUUCAAUAUUAUUCAAUGAAAAAUAUUACGUUUCCACACCAUCUAUAGGCAAUAUAUUUUUUUAAUAAUUAUUGUGUGAUACAUUUCAUCAUAGUCGAGUCAGUGGCCGUCACCAUGGAGAGUGCUUGCUGUAAAAAUAUUUUUUAAUACAAUAUCGUUGUGUUAGCUUAGUAAAAUUUGUUUUAUAAAAAUGUUAAUUAUAAUUUGAUCGUUAUAUUUUAACGCUUACAUGAUGUUUUUACAAUAUCUUGCUAGAUUUGUGUAAAAACGAGAAAUAUUUUUUACAAUAUUGUUUUAAUAAUAUUUCAGAAUGAAUGGAGGCAUGGAGCAUAGAACCCCAGGUCAUAACGCAGUGCUUCACAAGGCACCUAAAAACUAUAAAUUGUUAAUAGACCCAUUUCUUGUAAAAGGAGCUACUAAAUUAUACAGAUAUGAUGGAAUGGUUCCUGGAGAUAAUACAUAUCCAACUGUACAGUGCAGAGAUCCAAGAUCUCAAAUCUCUAGAAUUUGGAAUAAGUUAGAACCUGCGGAUUUGCCAGUGCCUAGAUUCAGAAUAGAUAAAAAUUAUGUGGGUAUCCCUCCUCAACUGGAAAUAACUAUUGGAAAUCUGAAUGAUAACAUUGAUAAAGCAUUUCUCUCUGACAUGAUGAACAAAGUUGGCCCUUGUGAGGAAUUGACAAUAUUUUACCAUCCCAUGACAAAUAGGCAUUUGGGAUUUGCUAGAGUUGUAUUUCAAGAUGUAAAAUAUUCUAAAAUAUGUGUUGAGAAAUAUAAUGGCAAAUCUGUAAUGGGCCAGGUGCUAGAUGUGUUCCAUGAUCCCUUUGGUAAAAAAUGUCAAGAGAUGUUUGAGGAUAAAACCAUGGAGAGAAAGCCACAGACGGCAACGUCAACUAUAAAAGUACCAAGCCUGGUAGAAGAUGUACGAGCGCCAAAGGUUGAUCCCGCGCUCAGUAAGAGAUUAGAAGAUACAAAAUUAACAGACAAGGAACCAUAUCCUCGUUAUAAGGAUGUAGAGCAUAAUGAUAGCAAUACGCGCUGGUCAGACGAAGAGCGAGAGUACAGGCAUCGACAUCGCAACCGGAGCGAGCGAGACAGAGACUUGGACAGGGACAGGGACAGGGAGAGGGAGAGGGAGAGGGAGAGAGAAAGAGAUAGAGAUAGAGAGAGACACAGGGACCGCUACGCUCGCGCGGAGCCGGCCGAGACGUACGCCAGCGCGCACGUGGCGGAGAUGCCCUACGCGCCCGCGCCGCUGCCCUACGACCCUUACUACCAACCCAGCUACGGCUACGGAUACGGCGGAGGAGCUGGCUCGGGGCUGUGGUGGGGCGACUGGCGCGCGCCGCACGCGUCGCACCAUCACCACCCGGAGCAACCGGUGGGCGCGUGGAGCGAGGCGCGCGAGCCCUCCCCGCGCGCGCCGCCCCCGCGCCCCGCGCACGCGCACGCGCCCGCGCACGAGCACGAGCUCGAACCCGCGCGCCCGCACGCGCCCGACAAGGAGGUUAAAAGUAAAAGCGAGGAGCCAGUCCCACCUCAGGAGGCGGCUGCUGUGAAGGAACCCGAGCCUAAACCCCCUCCGCCAGCCGAUGAACCAAAAAACGUCGACCUAGACACCAGGAUCGCAAUGCUUUUAAAAGGUGCAAGCGGCGGCGGGGGCCUCGCUCCGCCUUUUCUUUCACUCGGUAUGUCUUCUGAGGAGGAGGAUGACGAUCGCCUUCCUGCCAAGAUACCGGACUUGGAUGCCCACAAUCCACCAACGGAUGACGAAGGUUCAGGUAGCGAAGAUCGAGAGAGUAUAAUAUCCUUUAAUCAGAACAAAGAGGUAGACCCCGAGCCCUUGUCAAACACUCCAUCCCCGUAUUUGAGCAGAGAGUUCUAUCUGGAAUGCCUCAAAAUUACUGUCGAAAAGAAAGCGAAAGACGAUCGCAAGAAGUUACCUCAAAUUGACAAGAUCGGUUCGGAUAUAUCAUCAUCGGAAGACGAGCUCCUGACCGGAGAGGAGCCGCGCCGGUCGCCGGUCGCGCCGCCGGAUAAGGACCAGGACAAUUUGGACGACGACCAGAUGUCUCUGUCAUCGCUGUCGUCUACGGAGGCCAAAAUCGAGGAGCAGGUGCCGGCCGAGGCGUACUACUACCCGCCCGCCCCGCACCCGCACUACUACCAGCCGGUGUGGCCGACCACGGCGUACCCCGGCGCGGCGGCCGCCUACCCGGGCGUGGCGGACAUGGCGCUGGCGUACGGCGCGGGCGCGUUCGCCGCGCCGCCGCUGUUGCCGCACCACUACCCGCACCGGCCCGAGCACCAGCCCACGCACCAGGAAUUAGACAACCCGUACUAUCCCACGAUUAACAGCGUAAUAGAGCGAGUGACGUCUGAGUUAAAAUUAAUCCUGAAGAAAGAUUUCAACAAGAAAAUGAUAGAGAGCACUGCCUUCAAAAACUUCGAGGUGUGGUGGGAUGAGCAGAGUCGGAAAACGAGACAAACCGUCAAGCCGCUCAAGGAGGAGAUAGGGCAGCCAUUACAGGAUAUAUCAAAUAAGAAAGAAGAGACGGUAGAUUCAAUAAAAUCUAUAAUGGAAUCUCGAGAAUUAGGAUUAGAUCUCGGAGGAUACAGUGUAGGCAUCGGACUGGGUCUCCGCGCCACGAUACCGAAAAUGCCGAGUUUUAGAAAAAAACGGAAAAUACCUUCCCCUGUCGUCAUGGAUGAAGACUCAUCUAAACGGCUCAGUGAUCAGGAGGAAAUUGUUCAAAACUCGGAUGAAGAAAAAGAAGUGCCCACGAGUCCUAGAAAUAGGACGACAGGAUCAUACUUAUCCACUGGUAGAAGACGACAGUCCAGCAGUUCGUCAAGGUCGUCGUCAUCAUCGUCGUCUCGCUCGUCGUGGUCGGGCUCGGAGCGCUCCACGCAAAAGGGCGCCGCCCCGCGCAUAUACUCCGACACCGACGACUCCGAGAUCGACGAGGCGGAGUUCAAGGUCAUAUCUAAUAAGGAGAGGUUAAGAAGGGUCUACUCGUCAUCAUCGGACAGUGAAGAAGAGCUUAGAAGGAGAGAAAAAACUCCUAUACCACCCGUGGAAGCGUCAGACGAUCGACUCGGCUCUCCUAUAUUGUCACCAGAAGAGGAGCCUAGAGAUUUGUUAUUGGAUCGAGUAUAUUCAGACUCGGAAGAAGAGAGAGAGUAUCAGGAACGGAGGAGACGAAACACUGAGUAUAUGGAACAGAUAGAACGAGAAUUCUUAGAAGAACAGAGACGUAAAAUGGAAGUGGACGCGGGUCCGCCGCCUGACAAAGCACCCGACGAAAGUAAAAUCGAAUCUAAAGAGGAAGAAUCUAGAAGUAGUCCAGUUAAGAACCAUCUCAAAUCACCUAAAAAGAACAAAACGGAAGCAGAAGUUGAAGAGGGAGAAAUCACAUCGGAAGAAGAACCUCUUGAAGCGCGACGGAAAAAAGAAAGGCGACAGAAAAAGAAACCAGUCGAGAGACAGAGGAUUCCGUCUGUCAGUGAUAGUCACAGUUACACGGAGUCUGCGGCAAGUGUCAAUGGCGUCAAGGAAGCGAACAGCGCGCUGUCGGAGACGUCGUCGCCGCAGUCGCAGGCGUCGCAAGCGUCGCAGGCGUCGCAGGUGGCGCUCGACCACUCGUACUGCCGGCCCCCGCCGCGACAGGAGCCGCGCCCCAACCAUCUGCAGCACGACCACGGGUACACCUGGAUGGCUGAGCCAGAGCUCGAGUCGCCGCAAAUUGAGAGUGACGAGGUCAAAUCACAAAAAGAGACUAAAAAGCCGUACAAAAGAAAACAUGAGUCUAAGAAAUUGGCUGAAAUACAGAAUAAGUUGUACGAGCCGCUACCGGAGUACGACAAGAUGUACUCGAGCGUGACGUUCAAGCCGCGCGACAUAAUGGCGGAAAUGCAGGUGAUGUACGAGUUCCUGACGCGAGGCAUCGACCGCGAGGACGUGGAGUUCCUGCGCCGCGCCUACGACGCGUUGCUGGCCGAGGACGCGCAGGGCUACUGGCUCAACGACACGCACUGGGUCGACCACCCGCCCACCGACCUCACCUACUCGCCGCCGCGCAAGAAGUCCAAGCGCCACGCCAACAUGUACGAGGACUUGCAGAGCCACUCGAGCGGGUCUGCGCGCACGGAGGGCUACUACAAGAUGGACGCGCGACUGAAGGCCAAGUACAAGUACCACCACGGCCGAGCCGCCGCCGUGCCCGCGCCGCCCGACGACAAGAAGGCGUCCAAGAUGCAGCUGCUGUCCCGCGAGGCGCGCUCCAACCAGCGCCGUCUGCUCACCGCGUUCGGAACAGACACGGACUCUGAUCUCCUUAAAUUUAAUCAACUCAAAUUUCGAAAGAAGCAGCUUAAGUUUGCCAAGUCUGGCAUUCACGAUUGGGGCUUAUUCGCCCAGGAGCCGAUAGCCGCGGACGAGAUGGUGAUCGAGUACGUGGGCCAGAUGGUGCGCCCCAUCGUGGCUGACGUGCGCGAGGCCCACUACGAGGCCACCGGUAUCGGAAGCUCGUACUUGUUCCGCAUCGACCUCGACACCAUCAUCGACGCGACUAAGUGCGGCAAUCUGGCGCGAUUCAUCAACCACAGCUGCAAUCCGAACUGCUACGCAAAAAUUAUAACAAUAGAGUCCCAAAAGAAGAUAGUAAUAUAUUCCAAACAACCGAUCGGCGUGGACGAGGAGAUCACUUACGACUACAAGUUCCCGCUCGAAGAUGAAAAGAUCCCGUGCCUGUGCGGCGCCCCGCAGUGCCGCGGAUACCUCAACUGAGCACGACAGAUGUCUCAAACUCGGAACGCUAAUGAUACUCCUAAUAUAAUUCCACUGUCAAUAUUUAUUGUUUUGUUUUCUUUUGUUUAAACGAGGAAUUAUCGUUUUCAAAUAUCCUUACACUAAGCCAGCAUAAUAAUAAAAUAAAAUGCAAUUUUUGUUUUAGUAACUUAAGCACAAAACUUCGACGAUAUUUUCUCAUACUACAAAUUUUACUUUUUGUUUUCAUUGUUGCAGCUACGAUCGAUUUAUUGUAAUUCAUUAAAGCUUUAUGGUCUAUAGAAUUACUUUUAAUUUUGCCAAAAUGAAUGUUAUUAUUAUAAAUUGCAACAAGAUAAAGGUGUAAUGAACCUUUCAGCAGCUGCAUUACUGAAUGCAACAAAAGCAAUAAUGAAUUAUCAGUAUGUAUCAAAAUAUAUUAAGUUUUAUAAAGAUUUUCCAUUCGGGUAUAUUCUUUUUUGAAAAAUUGAUAUUGAAAAUUAUAGUUAGCGAUAGUGGUCUCGAAAUUACAACGGACGUUUGUCACAAUGGUUUAAGGAUAUCGUCAAUCCGAAAUGUCGACGAUAUACCUUACAUUGAUUUUGUAAAAUGUAUAAAAUUAUUUAUAGAGAAACUGGUCUGUGACCUUUAAUCUGUGUAUAGAUAUAAUUAAGAAAUUAAAUACGAAUGAAUCAGGAACGUGAUCAUUAUUUUAUUGAAGAUGAUUAUAAUCAAAACAAAACCUAAGCCCCUUAUUUACAUUAUUAUAAGACAAAUGAGGACGUCAGUGUACAUUUUGAGUAACUACAAAUACCGCUAUGGGCUUGAAAUAAAAUUGUUUUGCGACUGCCUCAAAUAAUGAUAAUGACAUAAUGUAUAAAGGUAAUUAUAUAAUUGUGUGCUUGUGGCGUGUGAGUCUGGUGUGUUUAUUUUCCAGAAAUGUAUGUAAUGAAAGAAAACUCGAGUGCAACCAUAUGUUAUCAAUUUUUUAUAUGUGUCUUGUAUUAUACUGAUUUGACUGAUUCUAAGAUAUAAUUCAUUACGAAUAGGAUGUCAGGUCUUACACACUGUAUAAUUUUGUGUUGUACAUUAUUUUUUACAGAGAUCUCUGCUGCUUGUCAGAUUUAUAUGUAGUACAGGUUUCAAGUACAUUAUCUAUUGUGCUGUUUAAAGUAACAAAAUGUAAACGUUGUUUCCGUCGCUUCUGUUUUUAAUAGUUUUGUUAUAUUUUCUCAAAGAAAAUAAUGAAUCUAAUUUAACAGAAUAUAAUAGAAAUGAAAAACCUUAAAUUGGUCCUUCUAAAUACACUCUUACUAUUUAAAAUAAAAUGUAUAAGAAUGUAAAUAAAAGAUUUCAACAUUUU